AUGGCCACCGCCGCCACGCUCCUCUCCAUCGCGCACCAGACCCGCUUCGCGCUCUGCCUCGCCGCUGCCUUCUCCUCCCCCUCCUCUCCCGCUCUCCCUGUCAGCAACACCAACGCCGUCUUCUCCCCGCUGUCACUCCACGUCGCGCUCAGCCUCCUCGCCGCCGGCUCGGGCGGCGCCACGCGCGACCAGCUGCUCGCCGCACUCGGCGGAGGCCAUGGCCCGGACGCAGCCGAUAGCCUGCACGCGCUCGCCGACCAGGUGGCACGGAUCGUGAUGGCCGACGGGUCCGAGGCGGGAGGCCCACGGAUCGCCUUCGCGGACGCCGUCUUCGCGGACGCGUCGUGGAAGCUGAAGCCGGCCUUCCAGGAGCUCGCCGUGGGAAAGUACAAGGCCUACACCCACUCCGUCGACUUCCAGAAACAGGCUGCAGAAGUUGCUGGUCAAGUGAACACAUGGGUAGAGAAAGUCACCUCAGGUACAAUCGAAGAGCUUCUGCCACCGGGCUCUGUUGAUGAAUCCACUAGGCUGGUUCUUGGCAAUGCACUCUAUUUCAAAGGAGCUUGGACUAACAAGUUCGAUGCAUCUGAAACAAGAGACGGUGAGUUCCACCUUCUCAACGGGAGUUCAGUUGAAGCACCUUUCAUGUCCAGCAGAGACGACCAAUAUAUGGCAUCUUACGGCGACUUGAAGGUGCUCAGGCUUCCGUACGAGCAAGGUGGUGACAAGAGGCAGUUCUCCAUGUACAUACUUCUUCCAGAAGCACAAGAUGGCCUCUGGAGCUUGGCUCAAAAGUUGAGUUCUGAACCUGAGUUCCUGGACAGGCAUAUCCCAACGAGGAAGAUUCCAGUUGGGCAGAUCAAGGUCCCCAAGUUCAAGAUAUCCUUUGGAUUCGAAGCAUCCGAGUUGCUGAAAGGUUUGGGGCUCCAGCUGCCGUUUAGCCCAGAAGCAGAUCUGUCAGAGUUUGUUGAUUCACCCGUGCCACUGAAAUUAUCUGUCUCGUCCAUUCUUCACAAGUCAUUUGUGGAAGUUAACGAGGAAGGAACCGAGGCUGCUGCAGCAUCUGCUAUAGUGACGAGGGGUACUUCACUUAGGAGAAUACACCCAGAUUAUUUCAUCGCGGAUCACCCUUUCCUCUUCUUGAUCCGAGAAGACACGACUGGUGUGGUGCUGUUCGUCGGCCAUGUGGUCAAUCCCCUACUUGCUUAA